AUGAAUGUAUCGUCGACAACGGCGACGGCAUUUUCUGAACAACGUCUUGUGGAAUUUAAACGUAUUGUCGAAGGUUAUUUACUAUCAAUAGUAUGUAUAUGUGGUUUAUUAGGUAAUGCUUUAACAUGUGUCAUAUUAUCCAGUCGAAUUAUGCGUACUUCAACAACAAAUAUUUAUAUAUUUGCAUUAUCAUGUGCAUCAUCAUGUGUUUUAAUUGGUUUUUUAUUAACACAUGGAAUACGAUCAACUUUUCGUGCUGAAACAUUUUAUCAAUAUAUAUUUACAAGAGUUUUUCCUAUACAUGUAACAUGUUUAUUAAUACAAAUAUAUUUAACAGCAACAGUAGCUCUUGAUCGAUUUAUUCUUAUAUGUUUACCAUUUCGAGGUCAAAAAUGGCGUAGUCCACGGCAUGCAGUAUUUGUUGUUUUAUGUGUUUCGUUAUUUUGUAUAUUAUAUUGUAUACCAUUUUGGUUUGAAUUUACUCUUAUUAAAAAAGAUAAUAUACGAGUUAUAUAUGUAUCAGAUAUUGGAGCACAUCCAUUAUUUCGUACAUUAAUGCGUAAAUAUCUUUAUUUUGUUUUUGUUUUUCUUAUUCCAUUAUCAACAAUAAUAAUAUGUAAAACAAUGAUUAUUAAAAAAUUAUACACUGUACGUCGACGUAAACGUUUAUUGGGUAAUUUAAAAAAACAAAAUCGAUCAUCAAAUGCUAUUAAUUUCUUAUUAUUAUCAAUUGUAUUUGUAUUUCUUGCUACACAAUUUCCUUAUUUUAUAUUUAAUGUGCUUUAUUCAUGGUUUGGUCAAAGUUUAAUGGCUGAUUUACGUGCAAGGCAAUAUUUAGCUAUCAAUAAUCUUUUAUCUGUUAUAAAUGCAUCAUCAACAUUUAUUCUUUAUGCUUUUUUCGAUCGAAGAUUUCGACAAGUUGGUCAACAUUUUUUAUUUUGUCGACCAUUACCAGCUGGUUUCGAUGCUCGAAAUGGUGUAACACGAGUGAUGCCAUCAAAUCGUCAUGGAAGUAUUUUCGUACAAAAUACAAAACCAUGUCCUUCAUCAAUAAAUUUAAUAAACAAUCAUCGAUAUUCAAUUACUGUAAAUAAUAAUGUUGACGAUUUAACAAAAGAACAAUUAAUUGAAAGCCCAUUAAAAUCAGCAAAAAGUGCUCUACUCUUUGAAAUUGAAGAUCGUAUACCGACAGUUAAAUGA